AUGGAUGAUACCGCAAGCAUUGUAACAGCAGAUAACAGUACUAUAUAUUCAACGCCUAUUGGGACCACUUCGCAGAUAAAUCUAGACAGUCUCACUCAAGAACUAGAAGUAGAAGGAGAAGAAGAGGAUUACGAAUGUGCUGAAGAGGAAACUGAAAGUGACAUUGAAACUAUAGAUUACAACGCAGCAUUAGUAGAUGCUCAACGUCAAUGGGAGCAAUCUUUGGACCAAUUGAACAAAGUAUUCAACUGGAUAUUGUUACCCAUGAUAGGUAAAGUAAUAGGCAGAAGGUCAGCAAGAGUAAUAUGGCAAAGAGUAAUGAAUACCAUAUGGAAUUGA